AGAGACUCAAUAUCGAACGAAUGCGGCGGCAGCAUCCAGCUAACAUCCGAGAAGAAGACCGGAGUACCGGAGCUGAUUCUAUCGGAGUGUGACACCAUGCCCUCCAAACUGGAAUCUUUUAUGAAUCAUUAUUCUACGAGUUUUCACUAUCUACGAGAAAGUAUGAAAUACUGUUCUUGGACCACCGCUAGAUUUCGCAUCUCUCUCGUAAAGAAAACUUUACGAAUAUAAAUUAUCCCUACCUACUAUACGUACAAUGGGUCCGUAUUGAAAACCUCGUUUUUUAGUAGGAAUGCUUCGGGAACUGUAAAGACGAGCGCAGCAUUACUGAGCAUGUCAAAAGCCAUCCAUAUAUACAAAGAUCUACGACACGUACUGUAGACUUUGGUAUCGUCUCAAGGAAGAGUGAUGCGUAACUGGGCUCUCAUGCUUUGGGAUCAACGGGUUGCAACGGGUUUUAAGCCUUAACUUGAGAAGGUCAAGGAAUUUACAUUCAUGAGGUGAAGGUCUACAGAGCGUUCCCGAAACUCCAUCGGAAAAGUUUCAUCAGCUGCAUAACGGACGACAAGGAUUUGGAUCUGGGGAGCAGGAAUGGGGCUACGUAACCGUGCGUCCUUACGCCCACAUGUUCUGGUGGCUUUACUACACCACGGCAAACGUAACGAAUUUCACAGAGAAGCCGCUCGUUAUAUGGCUCCAAGGAGGCCCCGGGGCUUCGUCAACGGGGUACGGGAACUUUGAAGAAUUGGGACCACUCGACCUUGAUCUAAAUGAGAGAAACUACACGUGGGUGAACGACUACAACGUACUUUUCAUCGACAAUCCCGUUGGCUCGGGAUUCAGCUACGCGGAGAAAUACUCGGGAUACCCAAAAACGAACGCUGCAAUAGCCAGCGAUCUCCUCGCCUGCAUCAAAGGUUUUCUCACAGAAUUGCCCGUUUUUGCCACGGUCCCAACUUACAUCACCGCUGAAUCUUACGGGGGUAAAAUGGCCGCCGAGUUCGCCUACGUUUGGUACAAGGCGCAAACUGAUGGGAUAAUUGAAAGUUCGUUGAAAGGUGUGGCGAUGGGUGAUUCGUGGUUGUCGCCGAUGGAUUCUGUCAACACUUGGGCUCCUUAUCUUCUAGCCACGGGGAUGGUCGACACGAUCGGAUACGAGAAAAUCAAAGCGGCCGCACAGGCAACCCAAGACGCAGUCGACGAAGGCAGAUGGUCAGAUGCGACGUCCGAAUGGGCGACAACCGAAUACGUGAUCAUCAACGUGGCGAACAACAUCGAUUUCUACAAUAUUCUCUACAAAGUAGCGCCAUCGUACAGUUCCUCGGCCAGAGAAUUUGCCGCCAGUAAAGCUCUGCUUCGGGACGAACGCGACGACCAGCUUGACGAGUUGAUGAACAGCGUCGUUAAGGAGGCCCUUGGGCUAAAUGUUACUUGGGGCGCACAAAGCGGCACAAUAUUUGCCGCCCUUUAUGCCGAUUUCAUGAAACCAGCAACUGACCAAGUGGAAUACUUGCUGAACAACACCGACAUCAAUAUUUUCGUAUUCACCGCGCAGCUUGAUCUCAUCGUCGACACACCUGGAACAAUUCUAUGGGUGGAACGUCUAAAGUGGCCAAACGCGACACAAUGGCUCAAUUCAUCUCGGAACCCGCUCGUUAUCGAUUCGGUUAUCGAAGGCUACGUCAAGCAGGACAAUAACUUCAAAUUAUAUUGGAUCAACAGAUCCGGGCACAUGGUACCGACUGACAAUCCUGUUGCCACCGCAGCCAUGCUGGAAGAUCUGACAAGCAACGCCGAUAGCUAGAUGCAUCAGACAAUUAAUUUACGGUUUCAUAGAACUGAAACGAAGAUUCUCGGGGUGUCGAGCUUUAUCAGUUCACCUGGGUGAUAAGGCGAUAAAGGGCGAUAAAAGCGUCUGUCUAUAGAGAGCUUCGGUACUCGACGUAUCGAGACAAUAAACGAAUUUACAUA